GUAAGAGCUAGGUUUAACACGCUGCAUGAAUUCUAUCUGACGAGUGCUGCUAUCAGCAGCUCCAGCAGGAAAUAAAGACAACAACACCCUAAACGCAGGUUCGCUAUGGCGGACUGCUAACCAACGAUGACCCACUCCAGCCCUUUCAACAGUGACACCUCCUUCCUUGCAAGAUGAAUUUUAAAGUUUUGCCACAGUAAAAAACAAAACCCUUACAGAUGACUUGAAACUAUUUUGCCAAGUCGAUGAAGCUGAGGAAAGCCUCGUGAGCCAUGAUGAACCGCUACACCACGCUGAAGCAGCUGGGUGACGGCACCUACGGCAGUGUGCUGAUGGGGAGAAGCAACGAGUCUGGAGAACUGGUGGCUAUUAAACGAAUGAAAAGGAAAUUCUAUUCGUGGGAAGAAUGCAUGAACCUAAGAGAGGUGAAGUCGCUGAAGAAGCUGAACCAUGCAAAUGUUGUCAAACUGAAGGAAGUUAUCAGAGAAAACGAUCACCUGUACUUUGUUUUUGAAUACAUGAAGGAGAACCUCUAUCAGCUCAUGAAGGACAGAGAGAAUAAGAUGUUCUCAGAGAACGAAAUUAGGAACAUCAUGUUUCAAGUGAUUUCUGCCUUGGCUUUUGUACACAAGCAUGGUUUCUUCCACCGAGACAUGAAGCCAGAAAAUCUCCUGUGCAUGGGCCCAGAACUGGUCAAGAUAGCAGAUUUUGGACUGGCCCGGGAGAUCCGCUCCAAACCUCCUUACACUGACUACGUUUCGACAAGAUGGUACCGUGCACCUGAAGUUCUGCUCAGGUCGUCCACUUACAGUUCUCCUAUAGACCUGUGGGCUGUGGGAUGCAUCAUGGCUGAACUCUACACGCUCAGACCUCUUUUCCCAGGAAACAGUGAAGUGGAUGAGAUCUUUAAGAUCUGCCAAGUCCUAGGCACUGUCAAGAAGCUGGACUGGUCAGAGGGCUACCACCUGGCUUCCGCCAUGAACUUUCGCUUCCCUCAGUGUGUGCCGACGCCCCUAAAGACACUCAUUCCCAAUGCCAGCAGUGAGGCGAUUACUCUAAUGAAGGACCUUCUGCAGUGGGACCCCAAAAAAAGACCUACCGCCGUACAGGCGCUGCGCUACCCAUACUUCCAGGUUGGGCAGAUCUUAGGGCCUCGUCCUCACAGCCAAGAGGCCAAGAAGGUCCAGCCCAGACAGAUAAUCCAAAAGCAAGUCUCAGAACCUAAGGUGGAUCACUCUCCUGAUAACAGAGCCUCCAAAUCCUCCCCAAGAAGCCUCCAGCAGCCUCAACCUCUUAAGCAGAUCACAGUGCCUCAAGCUGAGAGUAAACAAGGAGGCCUCAGCUGUGUUAAGGUCACAUCAGUGUUAAAUGAGAGCGUUGGUGGAACAGGGAUGAUGAAGGGCGGCAGACGGCGCUGGGGCCAGACGGAGGCGAAGACCUUGGAUAGCUGGGAUGAUUCCGAUGCAUCGGACACUGCUGCCUCACACUCAAAGAAACCCAGCUUGGGGAAGUCCAAGGAGGAGAGGAACUUGAAGGAACUUCGGCCACAGGCCAUAGAGCAGAAACCUCUUUAUUCCUUCAGCACCAUUACCAAACUACCAAAAAAUGUCAAGGUGGGCCCAAUAGACCCAAACCUACCAGGAUCAGCAGCACGGCAGCAUUAUCUCAGCCAGUCAAGAUAUCUGCCUGGUUUGAUCGGCAAGACUUCGUGUGAAAAGGAGCUGAGUGGCAUGACGUUACGUGACUUGUGGGAGAACUCCAACGCUGUAAAUAAACCCCUUGGUUCCAUUGGACCAGGAUUGUCUGCCACAAGAGCCAAACCAGCCUCUAAAUCUGUGGAAAGUCCCCCAGAGAAACCCGUUUUUAAGGAGAGAAUACUGGAGAAAAUCGAUGCCUCCAAAGGAAAUGUUGUGAGCACCAAGUAUAACCUAUCUGCUGGCUACAUCCCUUCGUUUCAAAAGAAAGAGGUUGGCUCCGUGGCACAGAGGAUCCAGUUGGCGCCAAUAGCUGGCCAUCACACAAGUAAAGACUACUUUCUCAUGUUAACAGACACUUAUCAUACUCACCAAAAAUCUUCCACCUUUGCUUUUUCUUCUGCUGUUCAAACUUUCGGAGUACAGUAUUUACAUUCACUAUCUCACUCGUCCCUCCUUUCAGUCAAUCCUUCCUCUUCUCCUGAAAUUAAAAAAGACAAACCAAAAAAGGCAAAGCCCAAGUCCAUCUCUUCUUUGAGUGAAACUAACGAAGAUUACGACGGAUGGAAACGGAGGACAGAGAUCAGAAGUCAGGUGAUGAAGGGGAGUAGCUACUCAGCCUUGGGAAAAACUUCGGGGAAUCUCCUGGCCAGAGGUCCGGCCGUGCAGCCGGUCCACGGCAGGGUGGACUGGGCUUCCAAGUACGGUGGAAAUCGGUAG